AUGCCAUCAGCAGCAGCAACAGAGUCCUUUUCGGCUGCGACCAAGGAGUACGCCUUCGACGCUGUGCUAUUAGACUUUGAUGGCACGAUACUUGACACGACGCCAGCGGUCGUGAAGUUCUGGCACAGUAUUGCGUCCGAGCUAGGAAUCGAUCCGGAGACCGUCCUUGCAACUUCUCAUGGGCGUCGAACACUCGAUACGCUCGCGCUGUAUGACACCAGCAAGGCGAAUUGGGAUUACGUAAGCUCAAUCGAAGCCCGUAUACCACGCGAAUUCAGUACCAACUCGGACGUUUCCGAAGUGCCGGGGAGCCGGGAGCUUCUCACAGCGCUACAGAAAGCAGGUGCGCGCUGGGGAAUCGUAACGUCCGGAACACGCGCUUUGAUCAGCGGAUGGGUCGAUAGGCUGGGCUUAGUGCGUCCUAGCAUGUUGAUUGCAGCCGAGGAUGUGCACGUUGGCAAGCCGGAUCCCCAGGGGUAUUUACUUGGUCGGAAGCAGUUGGGGCUCCGGGGUGACGAGUCUUCAGUUUUGGUGAUUGAGGAUGCACCAGCUGGAAUUCGGGCGGGAAAGGCGGCUGGAUUUAAGGUGCUCGCUGUUAAGACGUCGCAUUCUGUAGAGCAGCUGAGGGCGGCUGGACCGGAUUGGAUUGUUGAGGAUUUAAGGAGUGUGAGUGUGAGAGGCGUUGAGAGUGGGUUGGUGAAGGUUGAAAUUACGGCUGCUUUUAUGUAG